AUGCUCAGAGCGCGCAGGUCCGGGCGGCGGCGGCGGGGGAGGAGAGAGCGGCCGCCCCUGCCGCCGCCGCGCGCUCGCCGGGGCCGGGCGGAGCUGCGCAGUCCUCUCGCAGCUGCGCCAGGACAGCCGGCGCGCGGCCGUGCCCACAAGUUGCCGGCAGCUGAGCGCCGCGCCUCCUCCUCCUGCUCGCAGACCCCUGCGCCCACCCGGCGGCGGUGGCCAGCGCCAGGACGCACAUCCCGCGGACACCCACCCCAGAUGUAAAGCGGAACAUCAGCCCCU